UAAUAAAACCAAAAAUCGUUGCAGUUGCCGUUCUUAUUUUGUUCUUUCAUUCUCCGUAACUCAAAUCUCUCUCUCUCUCUCUCUCUCUCUCUCUCUCUCUCUCUCUCUCUCAUCACUUCGCGUUUCUCCACUUCACCUCACCGGAAUCUCGCCGUUACCGUCGCCGAUAAGUUCAAACUCAGAGCUAUUCACUUUCUCUUUCAAGUUGUCAAGAUAAUUGGAAGUGGAAAAGUUUGAUUUCGCUUUCCUUUAGAUAGGUUUUGUUGGAGUUGAAGGGAUUAUAAGCUUUCUUACGAUAAGAAAGUGAGGGUGUUCGAGUAGGGUAUAAUUCAUCAAUGUACUUGGAUUGAAAUUUUUUGGACCAUUAUGUGUUUUUUGGAUGUGGUGAUUAUCAUAUUUGUUUGUAUUGAAUAAAGGGUUUAUUUUUCAUGGUUUUAUACGUAUUAUCUUAAAUUUUGAAAGUGAUGGCACCUGAAGUUGGAUUUUAAAUUUUUUUCUUAAAUCCUUCUUGCUGGGAAUAAUAGAAUUAUACAUGCUUUGCUGUUUGACAACUGUAAUGUGCUGGGAGCAGAAUCUGUUUGUAAUUUUGUUUUUGCUCAACAACCUAUAGAUAUGCGGAAAUGGCAUUAUGCCAUUUAUCUAAUCAUGUUCAAAGUGAAUCAAUAUUUUUGUGGGUGUUUGUUGGUUCAUGUUUUGGGAUAAACAAUUAGAUUGAAGUAGAAUGUCGUGAACACAAUUAGAAUGUCUUCUCUUUGUUGUAAGAUGGUAAAAAAUUUAAAUGUCUUCUCUUUGUGAAUUUUAAUUUUUUGUUUUCUGGCAUAGUGUCAAUAUUAAAGAGGUCUCCUUUUACAUGAUAUUCAUUUGGUACUGUGUUUUAUUCUUAUAAAAAUGGUAGAAAGUGAGGAUUUGGCUUCAUCUAUUGGAAAUAAUUAUAACAUCAUAUAUAACUGUCGUUAGAGGUUCACUUUUUGGUUUUCUUUUUUGCUCUCAUUUCAUUUUGGCCGAUUCACAAGUAAAGUUACUUUCCUCAAUUUUUGGAGCCUAUACAGAAAUAAAUGCUUCUACAACAAUUUUGUUGGCAGCAAUGAUAGUGAACACAGUUAAUGUUAUAGUAUUCCUGGUUGACCUAUUGUUACAUAUACAUACGUUGCCUUUUCAUCUACCUACCUUCAACUCCUGGUGCUAUUUGUUUUAGCAGUCCUCGAUAUGGACUGCUUAAAUUAUUAAACUUGCACUAAUAGCAUUUGGUUAAGUAGUUUGAUCAACCAAUAAUGUAAGAACAGAGCUAUUGAAUGUGCCUGAAAUGAAUUAUUAUGAGAUUAUUUAUGGGAUGCAGUAUCGAUCAAAUUUUUACAUGUAGUCCCAUGAUAUAUUAUUAUUCAUAGGAUGUUUGCUGUAAAUGUUGUGUUUUAUUUAUUCAUUUGUAUGAAUUUGUAGAAAGAAUAUAUUGAAGAAAGGUCCCUUGACAAGUAAUGGCAUCAAGAUCCUAUGCUAAUCUCUUAGACUUAGCUGGUGGAGGAGACUUCCUUGAUAAUAUUCCUCACACCCCAAGAACUCUUCCAAGGGUUAUGACUGUUCCUGGAAUUAUUUCCGACCUGGAUGGUGAUUCAGAUGUUAGUUCUUCUGGAUGUCGGGAGCGGAAAAUCAUCGUGGCAAACAUGUUGCCACUGCAGGCUAAAAGAGAUAUAGAAACUGGUAACUGGUGUUUCAGUUGGGACGAGGAUUCAAUUCUAUUACAAUUAAAAGAUGGUUUUUCUUCUGAUACUGAGGUAAUCUAUGUGGGUUCCCUCAAGGCGGAUAUAGAUAUGGGUGAGCAGGAUGCAGUUGCUCAGAAAUUACUGGAUGACUUUAAUUGUGUGCCCACCUUUCUACCCCAUGAGCUGCAGAAAAAGUUCUAUCUUGGUUUUUGUAAGCAGCAGCUCUGGCCUCUCUUUCAUUAUAUGCUACCUAUAUGCUCAGAUCACGGUGAUCGCUUUGACCGCACGCUUUGGCAGGCUUAUGUUUCUGCAAACAAAAUAUUUGCAGACAAAGUCAUGGAAGUGAUCAAUCCUGAUGAUGAUUUUGUUUGGGUUCAUGACUACCAUUUGAUGGUUUUGCCUACUUUCUUGAGGAAACGAUUUAAUCGAGUUAAACUUGGGUUUUUUCUUCAUAGUCCUUUCCCGUCGUCUGAAAUUUACCGGACUUUGCCAGUAAGGGAUGAAAUCCUGAAGGGAUUGUUGAAUUCGGAUUUAAUUGGUUUUCAUACAUUUGAUUACGCUCGCCACUUUCUUUCUUGCUGCAGUAGAAUGCUAGGUCUGGACUAUGAAUCUAAGCGCGGACAUAUAGGACUUGAUUACUUCGGCCGCACUAUAUUUAUCAAAAUUUUGCCUGUAGGCAUUCACAUGGGUAGGCUUGACUCUGUACUAAAUCUUCCUUCUACAUCCUCUAAACUAAAAGAGAUUCAGGAAGAGUUUAAGGAUAAAAAAGUUAUUCUGGGUGUUGACGACAUGGAUAUUUUUAAGGGUAUCAAUCUGAAGUUUCUCGCUGUGGAGCAGCUGCUGCAGCAGAAGCCAGAUUUGCAGGGUCAAGUUGUCCUAAUUCAAGUUGUAAAUCCUGCAAGGGGUUCAGGGAAGGAUGUUCAGGAAGCAAAGAAGGAAGCAUAUUCAAUUGCUCAAAGGAUCAAUGAUAGAUAUGGUUCAAAUGAUUAUCAGCCAGUCAUUAUAAUUGACCGCCACGUUCCUCGUUUUGAGAAGAGUGCCUAUUAUGCUGUUGCCGAGUGUUGCAUUGUCAAUGCUGUAAGGGAUGGAAUGAACUUGGUCCCAUACAAAUAUAUUGUCUGCAGGCAGGGAACUCCAAAACUGGACGAAGCUGUGGGCAGAAGAAGUGAUUGUCCUCGGACAAGCAUGCUUGUUGUGUCUGAGUUCAUUGGUUGUUCACCUUCUCUGAGUGGGGCCAUCAGGGUCAAUCCUUGGGAUAUAGAAGCAGUCGCUGAUGCUCUGCAUUUGGCCCUCACUAUUGUGGAACCAGAGAAGGAGUUGCGUCAUGAGAAACACUAUAGAUAUGUUAGUUCUCAUGACGUGGCAUAUUGGGCACGCAGUUUUAUGCAGGAUUUGGAGAGAGCAUGCAAAGAUCAUUAUACAAAAAGGUGCUGGGGAAUUGGUUUGGGGUUGGGGUUUAGAGUUAUUUCUCUUUCUCACGGUUUUAGGAAGUUAUCCAUUGACCAUAUUGUAUCAGCAUACAAAAGAACCACUAGAAGGGCUAUCUUUCUUGAUUAUGAUGGCACUAUUGUAUCACAAACUUCUAUUAAUAAAACCCCCAGCCCUGAAGUCAUAUCUGUGCUUAAUGCUCUGUGUAAUGAUACCAAGAAUAUUGUGUUCAUUGUUAGUGGAAGGGCAAGAGAUUCUCUGAGUGAAUGGUUCACUUCAUGCAAACUGCUUGGACUUGCAGCUGAACAUGGGUACUUCCUAAGGUGGAAUAGCGACUCUGAAUGGGAAACCAGUCAUUUCUCUGCGGACCUUGAUUGGAAACAGAUAGUGGUACCCGUCAUGCAGUCGUAUACAGAAGCAACGGAUGGAUCUAACAUCGAAAUUAAGGAAAGUGCAUUGGUGUGGCAUCAUCAAGAUGCAGACCCGGAUUUUGGUUCCUGCCAAGCCAAGGAAUUGUUGGAUCACUUGGAAAGUGUUCUUGCUAAUGAACCAGCACUUGUUAAGAGAGGUCAGCAUAUUGUUGAAGUUAAGCCACAGGGAGUAACCAAAGGUUUGGUAGCUGAAAAGGUUCUGUUGAAUAUGGUUAGUGGCGGCAAUCCACCGGAUUUCGUGAUGUGCAUCGGAGAUGAUAGGUCUGAUGAAGACAUGUUUGAAAGCAUUUUGAGUACAGUCUCGUGCCCAUCGUUACCAGCAGCUCCGGAUAUUUUUGCCUGCACCGUAGGAAGGAAGCCUAGCAAGGCCAAGUAUUUCCUCGAUGAUCCUUCUGAUGUUGUAAGGAUGCUUCAAGGUCUUGCUGCCUCAUCAAAUCCAACAAAGCCCAGGCAUCUUGCCCAAUUCCAGGUUUCUUUUGAGAGCACAGUUUCUUAGACAGGGCGAGACAUCAUUAUUGGUUCAUUAUGUAAGGAUUCUAAUCCAGUGAAUCAGAAUUUUUUUAGCAUCAAUCUUAACAUGACAAUGACAAAUAGUGCAACUUUGCUGUUGUGGAACCUGAUUCUUUUCUUGCUCCUGAACCGGUUUGCAUGGCAUCUGGAAAGUUGCGGUGUGGUUCAUGGACGGUCUGACAGUUUUUCUCUUGUAAAUGGUAACAUCAAUUGUUAUACUAGCUAGUGCCGCAUUGAGCAUUAGUUGCGCUUUAAAUUUAUUGACCAGAUCGUUGCUCGUACUGAAAGAGGAGCACCAAAACUUCAAACGUGUAUAGUCAUGGUAUUUUGUCACAAUACAUAAUUCUAUUCUGGUUUGAGAUCUCUUCA